AUGGGCCUGGGGGCCCCCAAAGGGUACUGCGAGGCGGGGGGCCCCCAAAGGGACAGGUACUUGUGUCAGCAGCAGCAGCAUCAGCUGCAGCAGCAGCAGCAGCAACAGCAGCAGCAGCAGCAGCAGCAACAACAGCAACAGCAACAGCAGCAGCAGCAGCAGCAGCAGCUGUGUUUUUGUCUGUACACCUCAGGGCGGCCUGUUGAGGUGUCAGUACACCUGCAGGGUCUGACGGAAGAUGAGAAACAGGCGAUAUGUUCGACUAUGGACGCCUGCGAAGGCUGCGCUCCCUCUAGCUCUUUGUUGUGA